GGCACCGGGCGGGGAUGGGGCGGCCGCUGCCUCAGCAGUGUGCGGGCAACCCCUGGCACCUUCGGUAGGGGUAGAGCGGUGCAGCUCUGCCGCUCUGGGCCCCUGGGGGCGGCAAGGCGAUUGUCCUCCGCCUUCUCUCCCCGCGGGGAGGCUCCGCUCGUCUUCCUCCUGCUCCAGGGAGAGUCGCGCGGCCGUGCCGUUUUGAGGGACCCUGGGCUGCGGUGGGAGCCGCGGGCCCGGCUGCUCCCCAGGGUUCGGUGGCUGGGGCAGCCGUGCCCCCGCCUUCUUUUGUUGCCGCCUCACUCCCCGCAGCGCUCGGGUGGGACCGGGCCGGAGCUGGCGCCUCACCCGGGGCUGUGCCCGCACCGGUCCCUCCGAAACGCGCCCCCCGCCGGGGAGGGGUUUUGUGCCGUUCGUGGCCGUGACUGGUUCGGAGGAAGGGGAAUGUCAGCCUGAUGAGUCUCUGGAUUCAUUAGCCUGAAUCUACAGCUGCCUCUCAUUCUCUGUGCCUCUCUCCUCUCAGCCUCGUUAAAUGGUCCUUUUUGGUGGUGUUGGUUCCCUCCCCUGCGUGCCUUUUCGUUUGCGCAAACCGGGCGCUUUUUGCAGGGGGGGAUGUGUUGGCCACCACUAAGCCUCUCUGUACAAAACCCUAAGUUGCGCCAAGUCAACGUAGCCAUCUGUUGGGAAUCACAUCUAAAGUUUUCUAGAAAUCCCCAGGCUGUAGUAUCCAAAGAUACUCAGACUCUCGAAUUUGUUUAAAAAAACUUAGAAGUAGCAGGUCCUCCUAAUUUAAACUUUGGGUUUUUUAUUCAAGCAUAUGCCCUGAAAGUUUAAAAUAAAUAAAUAAAUAAAUAAAUAAAUAAAGGGACUAUCAAGACAUCGUGUUUAAAAAAGUCAUGUUUUUCCUAAAGAAUACUUCUAAGACUGUUGAUGCUAGCAGCAGUCCUUCGGUCCUGGUGAAUGCAAGGAUGUUUUUCUUUGUUUCCUUGUUUAUUUUGGAAGGGUUGGUUAAUUUUUUUUGUUGCUCUAGCACUUAGACAAUAAGGUGUGAACAAAGGAGACAGAAAAGACAGAGGCAGAAUGUGGAUGCCUCUGCCAUUAAGUAUGUCAAAGAUAUUCAGUAUGUGUAUGUUCUGCCUGCUUAGGGAGUUUGCAGCUUAGUUUUACAACACUUGUUUCAUUUCAACUCUGACAAAUAGUUUAUGUUUCUUUAGUCCAGCAUUGAGGACCUUUGUGACAUUGGGCUGCUUCUGGUGUGACAGGACUCUGAAACUUGUAGCUCCAUGUUGCCAUCUUUUCUGGAAGACCUUUGAAAUCUUUGUUACCGUAUAAUCAGAAUUGUUCUUUUUUUUUUUUUCCUAGUCAUCACUUUGCAUUUCUGCACAAACUGUAAAGAUAUGCAGUUUGCAUUUGCAGUUUCCCCCCAGCUUCUUGUACUUCUCCUUAGUGGCAGAGCACAGGAAACUGAGAAGUUCUUGACUUAGCCUAAGCACUGCUUAGCAACAACCAACACAUCAAUGUGUUAUCAACAUUAUUGUCACACUAAAUCCAAAACAGAGCACUAUCCCAGCUGAAACCAGGACAGUGCUGUAUGUCAUGUUUUUGUAAAUCAAGCUUUUCAAAGUGGUGGUAGGGUAGCUAUCUAGAAUGUGUACAAAUCCUAGAUUAUUGCCAUUCCUGUUUCUUUUGUACUUCGAGCAUGUAAUAGUUCAUUUUUCUCCAUUAAAGAGUAAUAUCCUGGAGACCAUCUAGCACUGUCAGAAAAUUGAAUAUCCCAAACCUCAGGUUUAGUUAGAUAAUAAGGCUUUAUAGUUAAUAUAUCAGGAAGGUACACAGUGCCACAGUGGAUUUGAGCCAUCCCUGGGAAUAAGUACACUGUUAAAACAAUUCGCUAACACCCAUUUAUAUUAAUAAGAUGGGAAUCGUCCUUAAUGAGGCCAAGUACUUUUAAAAAGGAAAGAGUUACAAAAGGCAAAAUGUCCUUUGCUAUUGGAAGUUAGUAGUUAUGUGUUUUAAAACAGGUAGGUUUUGCUGAUGUUUCACUGGGAAAUUCAGGGCUUGUAUCAGACCUGUUCAAGCAAAAAUUAAAAAAAGUCUAAAAUAAAACUUUACCUAAUAAAGGAAUUGGAUGCCGGUAGUUUCCAAGUUAGUAUUGUAGUUCUUAAAGGUCAUGUCCUUAGCUUAUAGCAUAAAAUCCAAACCCAAGAUUAGACACUUCACGAAGAGUGGCUAGGGAGAUCAGUCAGGUGGUGGAAAGCACUGGCACAAGGAGCAGUGAGGCUGACCCACAGGGUAACCUGACAUUUGUGUGUUUUAACUCUCAGCCUUCUCUGGGGCUAAGGACAAAGCUUGCCUGUCUGCAUCUUCCGUGUUCAUGUAGAACUAUAUUUAGAAGAUGAUGAAAUUUUGAUUUGAAAACCGAGGUGUUGUUUUUUUCCUUGUGUUUGUGCCCAUAUCAGCCUGCUGUACUAACUUUGAGAAAUUUAGGGAGGGCCAAGGUAACUAGAGAUACCAUAUGAGUCUCUAAAAUCUUGUGGUUCCCUGUUAUUGGGAAUGAUCAGAACCUUUUUUACAUAACUGGGACUAAGUAAAGGACUUAGCCAGUAUAUACCUUGAGAUUAAAAGUCUACUGUUUAAGUAUCUUAAGAGAAAAUUAAGUAUCUACUGGUACUUUCAAGAGUUUAGUUUGAUGUACCCAACUGGCAAGUACUUAGGAAAGUUUGACCCAUUUUCCCAUAGUCAGCAAAGUACUUGAGUGUUCGCUUAAGUAUUACUUAAAACCAAACCUGAAAUUCUACUGAUUUCAGUGGAGAUAAGUGUGACCUUGUAAACAGAGAUUUAAUGUCCUGGUAGUGACAAGUCAGAAAUACUAUCAUUCUUGUGAAACUUAUGUUGUACCUGAGUACUCUAUGUGAUUCUUUAUACCUGGAAGACCAACUCAGGAUGGAUACCUCUGUAUCUUUCACACACACUCCCCACCUUGAAAACAGGUAAGUGCAAAUGUAUGUGUUUCUAAAGCCAGUAUGAAGAUACGAGUACUUGAUCAUUCCAGGAAUCACUAUAUAUUUAUCAGUCCAGAAUAAUUGCCUUGUAAAUGGUGAAGAUUAUAAAAGUGUUCUAAAUUUGUUCUGUGUGCAGGUAACUUUCCUGAAGAAUUUACUUCCUCAAUGAUUUAUCAAAAGGUUUAAAAAAAACCCACAACCAAAGACUUUACACAAGAUAAACUUAGAAUUUCAUGCAUAAGUCAAGAAAUUCAGUUACAAUAAUAACAGUAAAGCACUACUGCUGUAAUUUGCGUUUGAAAAGCUCAGCAAGUACCAAAUAAAUUGAUUUACUGACAGAGAAGUAAAUAUGAUUCUGCUUUCUUGAUAUCUUUUUGUGAUAAGCUUAUAAUAAUCAAGGUUAAGGGAUAUGCUUAAAGAUCAGAUAAAAGGUCUCAGAAAAAAUUAUGUAAUUUUAGCAGGUACAGUGCUGUGUUCUGGUAUGAAUCUGAUUUUCUAAAUCGACAACAUUUUUUUCACUACUGGUCAUGUCAAGUUAGGAGUCUGCAUUAAAGCACACUACAUUACAUUAUUUUUUAAACAAUUCCCUUUUCUCAAAACCAACUAGAAUUUUAUUUUCAGAAGGGUAGAAUAUUUCACACAUCCUAAACAGCAACAUGCAGCUUCCUGCUUGAGUCUGAGGAGUCCAAAGUGCUGGGUAGCUGCACAGCAGAACUGGGGACUGGUGUAUGCUAAUACAUGCUCAUGCUAUGCAAUUGAUUUCCUCUUGGGACUUGGUUUUGCAUAUUUGCUAGCUAGUAAUCAUUGGAAGUAAGUGGCUUGACAGUGAGAACGGUAUUGUAAUGAUGAAAAGUAGUAAAGCAGUUUUCUAAAUGCAACAUUUUAAAAAAUACUUGAUGGCAGCAUGCUUGCAUGUUGGAUAUGAAAAGAUGUUGCUUGACAUGGAAAAUUGAGCCACUUACUGACAGUCAGUCAUGCAUACGAGAUGAAUAACAAUAUCUACACUACAUUAUCCCCCAAAUGGAGAGUUGUUGUGUUGUGCUGAUGUGUAUGUUUUAACCAGGUUUAGGGAGAAUAACAGGAGAAAAAAUGCUUAGUAAGUUAAGAAUCCUGUGUAGCUUGGGGAGGGGGUUGGGGGGCGUUAGAGUUAAGUCCAUCAGUCGGUAGGAAUUGAAUAUAUAGUUUGCAAGCCAUUUGCCUUCAAGUGGACAAAUGUCUAUACUGCAUGAACAGUGAACAAACACAGCAGCUUGAAACUGUAUAGACUGUAUGGUAAGUCUCUGGCUUGCUUGGUUUAAAGCCUUCUAAACCUAUGUACAGUGGUAGAUAAGAUGGUACAAAUGGUUGUUCAAAAUAAUCCUAAAUUGGACCCAUUACCAAGCAAUCUGUGACCAUGAACCAUUUUUGAUUCUCAGUUUCUGCUUUCAGGUUUUGGUUGUUUUCGGGGGCUGUUUGUUUUUUGGUUUUGUUUUUUGUAAUACAAUCUAUGAUGUUACUGCAGUGAUGUUCAUUACUGCAUUAAUAGUCCCCUGUUUUCUCCCACUCAGACUGUCCAUCUCUGUACAGAGUUUCACACAAUCUGUGAGGUGUAUUUAUGGGGUUUAGUGUUCUCUUCAGCAUCAGGGACAGGACCAGCUGUUGCUGCGGGCAGAGAACUGAAUGAACUUUAAAGCUGCCAUUGCAUCUGACACGUUUUGCAGUGUAAGAAGGAUAGAGCUGCAUGUAGUGACUUAUUCUUAAAUCUGUUUACUGUUAAAGUAUCUCUCAUGCAUGACAUUUGUUUGAGCUAGUAAUUUUUUGACAUUAAACAGGAUUGCUUCAGUUAUUUUAUUUCUGAUUAAGAUAAGUCGGAAGAGCUUCUAAAAUUUCCAUUUUCCAUAUUAAUCUACUUUUUUAUGGAAAUGGUGUCUCAUUUAAAAUGUGUCUCAGAAAUUUCAGUCUCCUACACACUUGAUGAUUUUGAAGUAAUGAUAUAACAAUUUCAGCUUCUUCUGGAAAUAAUGUAGUAUUCAAACUGAAAUGUGUAUGUCAAAUUUCAGUCCUAAGCAAAUCCUGAUUGGCAAAACUCUUAAGAGUUGAAGGAAAAUAGCUGUAUUUUUGUAAUGGAAAUAUCAAAUCAACUGUAACAGUUCAUGACAUGGAUAUAUUAAUGGUUGUAUAAUUCAUAGGACAUUAGAGAAGGUAUCUAUGUCUACUUUAUAUUCAGAGUCUAAGAGAAUGGUUUUCUUUUAUCCAAUAAACAGUCAGCUCAAAAUAUGUAUUCCUUAAAUGAUGACUUAGGAGUCAAGUUGCUAAAUGAAAAUAUAUAGUGUAUACCUUGGAGAUUUAUGUUGUUUGCUCUUUUUCUCUUAGGAAGCCUGACAAAUAGAAAAAUACUACAAGUGAAGAGAAAAUUCACUUCACGAGAACUGAGCUCUGCUUUCAUUGGCUUCUAAAUUUAUUUAUAUUAAUAGCUGACUAGUGUCAGAUCAUCUCUGUGGUCUACUGUGGUGAAAUUAUUAGGUUAAAGCUGGAAAAGAUGAAACAAUUAAAAAGAAAAAGGAAAAGCAAUUUUAGUGUUCAGGAAACUCAAACUCUCCUUAAGGAAAUCAGAAAAAGGAGAGAAGUACUCUUUUCAAAGCAACUUAAUACAACAAUUAAUGAGAUGAAACGGAAAGCUUGGGAGGAAAUAGCAGAGUGUGUCAAUGCUGUAGGUGAAGGAGAGCAAAGAACAGGGACAGAAGUGAAAAGGCGAUACCUUGACUGGAGAGCACUCAUGAAGAGAAAACGUCUGAAUGCAAACAUCAAAGUAGUAGGUGCUGGGUUUCACCUUCCUUCAUCCAAUUUAGAUGACUCUCUCAAUGAAGACAUGGAUGAGAAAAUGGGAUUUGCAAUUGAAUCUAGUUUUGAAUGGCAAAAUAUCACUGACUUCAGAGAAGCCGGUGGAUCUUUAACAGAAAUCAAAGUAGAAGAGGAAGAGGAGGAUCCGCAGAAUUUCGAAUUUCCUAUUGAGGAAGAAGAAGAAAUAUUGUCAUCAGUUUUGCCAGAUUCGAAAAAGGAAAAUGACCUACCAGACUUCCCCCACAUUGAAGAGUUUGGAAAUCUAAGCUCUGCUCAAGCUAGGCUAGCCUAUGAAGAUUCUCAUUUGCUUAUAAAUCUGGAGAAGCAAAAGCUGGAUCUGGAGAAACAGCGACUGGACAUUGAAGCCGAAAGGUUGCAAAUUGAGAAGGAGCGACUUCAGAUUGAAUGGGAGAAGCUCAGGCUGGAGACUCUGCAAUCCGAAAAACCUGCCCUGGAAAAUGACCUCACCCCAACAGAAAAACCCAUCAUACAGCCUCUGGAUCUAGAAACUGAAAAGUUAAAACUUGAAAAAGAACGUUUACAGUUAGAGAAGGAGAGGCUGCAGUUUCUCAAGUUUGAAUCAGAGAAGCUGCAGAUUGAGAAGGAACGCUUGCAAGUGGAGAAGGAGCGUCUUCGAAUUCAGAGAGAGGGUCACUUGCAGUGAACUUCUCAACUAAAGUGUCAACAUUAGUGUUUUGAUGUUUCUAAAAUAGAGGUAGUUCUUUUCUUAAUACUGAAACUGUCCUAGAGGCUAAACAUUUUUCUGUUCAGAGUUGAACAUUAUGUUAAACUGAAAAAAAAUGGUGCUCAAUAUAUCCGUGUGCCUGCAUAAGUGAGCUAAUGUGUGAAAUUGCUUUUCAGUGUAUCAGAACUAAGUGUUAUGUUCUCUUGUCUCCAGUAUUGUGCUGUAUUAGUUUGGUGUCCUCCUCUUGUAGACAUGUUGGGGAGAAUCAGGGCUGAACCUUAUGCUGUUUUUCACUGUAGUAACAGUAAGGAAGGAUUGGAAUAAAUCAACAUAUGUUGCGAGGACAUGGUGCUGACAAUUUCCCAUAUGGUAACGAAGUAUAAUUUAGGCAGAACAGAGUAAUACAGAGUCAUGAUGAGAUUGAUUCAUUAAACUUAGUUUCCCCUUUUUUGUUUUUUUUUUUUUUUCCUGCCCCCACAAUUGGAAAAAGAGUUGAAGAGUUUUAUAGAAGUUAAAGGGCAAGUUAAAUUUGUUGCAGUUGUUUUUACUGUUGUUCCAUGGCUUGAACUGAAUGAGAGUGCAGAAUAUAAUAUUGUUUCUUUUGCAUUAAGUAUUCAUACUAGAUAAAGUUACACAUCAACCAUACCUACUAUGAGCUAGACGUUUGGUUUCACCAGGUCCUUAAUAAUGCUAUAUGGAAAAUAGCACCUGUCUUAGUGUAGCACAGGGAUUUACUGAUUGAUCAGGCAUGCUGUCUGGUGAGUCUGUGAUGACCCGCUGAAGGAAAUACCUGGUUUGUUCGUUGAAAGACAGUAGCUGGUGGAUGGGAGUCUCAGGAGUGGAGACACACAGGCUGAGCAGAGGCUAAGGAGCACUGAGCUUGAACAUGAACAUGCUCGUUGCUGGUUCUACCUGGCCAGCACUGAGGUCAUGUCUGCAAGGCAGCCAGAAGAGGCUUCUGUGACUGACACCAUAUAGUAUAUUUUAAUUAGACAAACAGAAAUAAUCCGUGCUGAAGGCUGUUGAUAUUUUUCAUAAGAAAUGUAUUCAUUUAACAAAAAAAAACAUCAAGGAAGGAAGCUUUCCAUUAUUUCAUAUAUGUUUAAAUCCAAACUGAGCCAGACUUCACAUUUCUCAUCUUUCUCCAAGUAGCUAUCUUUUGUUGUCUCCAUUUGAAACUUAGGACUAUGAGAAUACUAAGUCUAAAUAUAUGUUGAGUGACUUACGUGAAUUCUUGUGCAAGUAAAUAUAUUUAUACCACUACAGGUUUACUCUUAUUCUGCAAAGAAAAUGUUAUUUUUUUAUUACUGAAACAAGUGUGCUUCUACAGUGGAAAUAAAUUUGACUACUACACUCCAAAA